AUGAGCUCAUCCGCAAUCCGAUCCCAGAUUGAGAUAUGUCGCAGACGUCUGAAGGACGCCAUCGACGAGUCAACGAACAUCGAAGAUGUCUCCGCCGCCAAGGAUGAUUCCAGCGAAGACGUCUACUCAACAAUCUCUGCCAUUACGGACACUAUCUAUCGAAUCGAGAUAGAGGUAUCGCGUAUCAAGAAAUGCAACGUUGAGUGGCGCCAACUCAUCAAUCAGCAACCUGCCGAGGCAGCAAUCAAGGAGGACUACAAGAAACGUGUUGGACACUACGAAACAGAACUCGUCAAAGCCGAAGGCACCGCAGUUCGUCUGAAGACAGUCUACGAAGAGUACGCCGCUCUUCACCGCAACAAAUCAACGGAAUCUACUGCCUACCCACAAGUGAUCAACGUCUCUCCACACACCCCGCCAUCAACUCCAAUGCUGUCCAUGCGACUUCCAACAUCCUUACCAGCAACGACACAGCAGCCUCCAGUUCCAAUGCUGUCUCUUCAAGUGCAUCAAGCAACCUUCAUACAAGCCUACACUCGUGGAGCCUGGGUACCCAACUGGACUGCCUACACGUUUGCACAGCAUGCUGCCCCCGGAAGGCCCACUAAAGGAUUAGUGGGUGAACUACAAUGCAAUUCCCUAUCCAAUGCUAUUCGGUUCAAUUGCUAUUUUGACCGAUCCCUCUGUCACUGCAAUGGUUUCUCAACUCAAGUCAAUUGCCAAUGUUCCACAACCAAGAUGGCCGACUAUGGUUUGCAAAACAAGCUGCCCACUGAACGACUCAACCACAAAGUGUUCACACUCAGUGGAACUCCACAUGUGGUUACUUCGGCGUCUCAGGAAACGCUGAUCAACCUACAUGUCGAAAUGGUCAAUGUGACAGUGAGUAGAAUAACUGAGAUUCUAUCAUGCUAUGCAGAACAAAUCGGCGAAUUAUCCGGAUGUCAUUCGUGCUAUUCGGGAGCUUCCGUGAAGAUCAACUGUCGAUCCAGAAAGCAUAUGUCCGGUCUUCUUCAUUGCCAGCACCACUUCGAGACCACGAUCAACUGCAGCCUCUGA